GUGUUGACCCAGCAGUUGCUUACGUGUUUGCGUGCCGUUGCAGACCUGGUGGCGAUGCUCGCGCACCCACCAGGAGCGCCAGUACACGGGGCACCCAGUGCGACCACCAGAAUGCCGACGGGCUAUGCGUUGCCUGACAACGUGCUGUGCUGGCGGUUCGCGCAAGGGGACCCCGCGGACGACGAUGACAACCAUGAUGGGGUUGGCGGACGCUAUCCCCUCGGUGAGGAAGACGUCGCGACGCUCACGAGUGAAGCAGCCGUGCAGACAGCGUUCAGUGGCUACAUCUGCAAGCGGGUGCUGGAGCACCUGGCGCAGCGCAGCUCGCACCUGCAGCCGGGCUGGCACGCAAUCUGGGAGCAGGACAGCAACAGCAGCACGAGGCUCCGGCCUGACCUGGUGCUCGUGCUGCGGAGGGGCGGCCGGGAGCCCAGUCGGCCGGCGCUGCUGGUUGAGGUCAAGCACCUUGCCGCGCUCAUGGUGGUGACACCAGGCGCGCCUCCGGAGGGCGAGCCUGUGGACCUGGUGGAGUCGUACAAGCUCGAGAUGCGAGGGCUUCCGACGCAUGGGCAACGGGUGCAGCCCAUGCUUGCAAAGGUCAGCAUUGUGUUCACAAAGCUACUCGCGCUGGGCCUGUGCCACGGCGUGCUCACAUGCUGGGGCGCCGCCUGGCUGGUGCACGUGCCGGCCUGGAACCGGCGCCGCAUGUACGUGUCGCGGCCGUUCCUGGCCACCGACGCCGGUUCCGUCACGUUGCUGCGCGCGCUGUCGUGGCUGCAGCAGCAGGCGCUCCAAUUUGCAUUGUCGGCGGAGUACCCGGCUCCGCCACAGCGGCUGCAGCAGAAGCGGCGGCGGUGUAGCAAUGGCGGCGGCAGUGGCGGCGGCAGGGUAUUGCCUGGCGAUGGCGCGCAAGACGUGACGUCGUUGGACCUGCAGGCCAAGCGCUCAUGUGGGCCGCCGCUGCCACGGGCUGCUGAAGCAGAUGCAGAUGCUGGCGGCGGAGCGCCUGCAGCAGCAGGAGAAAGCAGUGGCGGCAGCGGCCCAGCCAGCGGACCUGCCACGGCGGCGGCGCCGGAGCAGGCGGCGGUGGCGCAGCUGCUGUUUGAUGCUGUGCUGUCCCAUGGCCGUGACGGUACCGUCUUUGUUGGCGAAUUCUGCUUACGCGGCGGCGCUGCCGGCGGCACCUGCUGGCAGCGCGUGGCGAUCAAGGCAUACUGCUGCUGGGAGCCCGUGCAGGCGACCGCGUAUGCGCGGGAGGUCGGGGCCUACCGGGCGCUGUCACAGCUGCAAGGCUACUGGGUGCCCCGAAAAGCCCGGGACGGCCUUGUGCGCCUCGCGCAGAGCAGCGACAGCCGCGCUCGCGACCGGCGCAGGCUUGAGAAGCUGCCCGACAGGCGUCCGUGCUCCAGCACCUGCCACGGUGACAUCCGGCUGGAGAAUAUCCUGCUGGUGGUGAAUUCGUCGUCGGGAGGCGGCGGUGGAGGAAGCAGCGGCGAAGGCGUGGGCCAGCAGGCGGCGCAGCAGGAGGAGGCACAGGUAGGCGAGGUGCUGCGUUGCGUGCUGUUGGACUUCGGCGGCUCUCGGCUGGAUGGCACGCCGCGGGAGCAAGAGAUGGAGGUGGCCCAGCUGGCAUUGCUGCUGGGCAACAGGCGGCUAGUAGGAAAGCAGGCAGACAGAUAGGCAGGUUCAUAACGUUCAGGGCCGCCGGGUAGCCUGCUGCCGUUCAUGCUCUCAAUAGCAGUCAUUCUUCGUGCACGUGCAUAGCAUUCUAGCAUUCAUGCCAUUUGACACAACACAAAGCAGUGCACACUUCACGCUGUGAUUGUUCACCAUGCAUGACGGCAUUGGAUUGCGGAGAAACGUAGAGGCGUGGAGAGCGCCGGCUGGACCCUGGAUCCGUAAUGAAGAAGCGCAGCACGUUAGUUGAGUUUGAGCAACAGGGUUUGCAGCGGUGGAAGGCUGGAGUUGAGCAACAGGGUUUGCAGCGGUGGAAGGCUGGAGGCGGUGAUACGAGUAGAGUACAUGCUUACAUGCUAUGCUAUGCUGGCCAGCAAAGACCGCAAGCCAGACAUGGGCAGGUCUCCCCCUGCGCGCCGGUGCCGCUUCUCAGGCGGUGCCGCCGCGCUCCUCCUCCAUUCAAGGCUUGUCGGCACGGGUGCACAGUGCACUAGGAUGCCAGGGCCCCCAAGCUGAUUCGCGGGAGCAUGCGCUGGUAAUACGCUGCUGGCUCAUAAUGUGUGUGCAUGGACACGACCGAGCGUGAAAUGUUGUCCUCGCGCCGGGUGGGGUGGCCCUGCCACUGGAACCGCGUGUCCAAGUCGUGUGGAAGGCCCUGAAUGGCUCAGCGCGAUUUAGCCUGGCAAGAGAAUACAUUGACACCGAUUCAGCAGCAAAUGGAAAGUAGAGCCAGGGAAGAGCACCCCUUUUGAGGUGGUUUCGCUCGACGGUUGUCAGUUGUCGGGCCGUAGGGGACUACCACGAAUUUUGGGGGGUCGAGUCUGGCAACUUA